AUGGACGCCAACACUACUGAGGACAACAUUUCUGUCUCUGUAGGCUGCUGGGACAGGUUGAAGACAUGCUGGGACUGUCUUCUGCGGAAUAAAUUUCUGUCUUCUAGUCUAGCAGCUGUGGUUCUGGGUAUUGCCCUGGGCCUUGUUCUCAAGAUCUAUGUCCCUAUAACCGAACAAGACCAAAAAUACAUAGGCUUUCCAGGAGAAAUGCUUAUGAAUAUGCUUCAGCUGGUUGCCAUUCCUCUCAUUGUUACAAGUGUGGUAACAGGUGUUUCUGGUUUAAGCGCCGAAGCUUCCAGAAAAGUCGCCAUGCGUACAUCGGUAUACUUUGUCUCGACCACUCUCCUGUCUGUGAGCGCUGGGGUGAUAUUGGCACAGUGUAUCAAGCCAGGAGUUGCCUAUGCUGUUAAAACAGAAGACACACAGGAAGAGGAGGCCUUCUCGACUGUUGACGCCCUGCUGGAUCUAGUACGGAACAUGGUCCCACGAAACCUGAUUCGGGCUUGCCUCCAACAGUACAAGACUGAGAGGGUGCUGCUUGAAACCGAAACAGCUGAGCAAAAUUCUAGCCUGGAGAUGAAUGUGACAGAAGUGCAACUGUUGGGAAAAUAUGUCGAUGGAACCAACACACUGGGUCUGAUUGUCUGGUCUUUUAUUUUUGGCCUGAUCCUCAACAGGAUUGGAGAAAAUGGGGAAGUCAUUGUAGAGGUCCUUACUGCUCUCAAUCAAGUCACAAAAUAUGUUGUCAACCUGAUACUGGGCUAUUUGCCACUUGGACUGCUGUUCAUGAUCACCAGCCAUGUUGUUGAGGUUCACGACUGGGAAACUACCUUCAAACUCGCAAAGUUCAUGCUUGUGGUUAUUCUUGGGCUCAUAAUCCAUGGAGCCAUUGUUUUACCACUGAUCUACUUCGUGUGCACCAGAUGUAACCCGUGUGCAGUCAUCAGGGGAGUUUCUCCUGCAUUACUGACUGCGCUGAUCAUCUCGUCCAGCUCUGCCACACUGCCGAUCACGUUCCAAAGUUGUGAGGAGAGACUGAAGAUAAACAAGAGAAUCUCCCGCUUCAUGCUGCCCAUUGGGACCAACAUCAACAUGGACGGGACGGCCCUUUAUGAAGUGGCCGCAGCCAUUUUCAUCGCCCAGCUCAACUACAUCCAUCUGGACUUGAACCAGAUAAUAACCAUUGCUGUGACUUCAGCAGUGUCCAGCAUCGGAGCGGCAGGGAUCCCAGCUACCGGAGCAGUGACCACUCUGUUUGUUCUGACGGCGGUUGGAAUACCUGGGAGUGAAGCCUCCAUUCUGGUGGUUGUAGAAUGGCUCCUGGACCGCUGUAACACUGUUAUCAAUGUCAUGGGAGACUGCAUUGGUGUGGCACUCGUUCACCAACUGUCGAUAAGAGAACUGGAUGACAUGGAUGAGCAAGGACAGGAAAUGACAAGCAGCGAUGUUGAGGGCCACAACCCAGAUGAGAUCCAUGUAAACAUCCAGCCAGAUAACCCACCACCCCAAAAGCCCACCCAGGCCAAGUAAGGCUACCAGUCCUGCAAG